AUGGGGGGGUGCGUGGGCAAGCCGCCCCUCUCUCCCCCAGGCGUUCCCCGUGGCGACAGCUUCUUCGACGACGCGCGCGCCGCCGGCGGAAGUCGUAGAAACGGCGCGCUCGAAUCGGCGGCGCGCCACAAGCUAGGAUCGGAUGUAGAUCCGCCGCCGCCAGCGCCGCUCGAGAGAAAAUCCAGCGGAGGGUUACAGCGGCACGUCGAGUCCCCCGCGCAAAUCCCGCUGUCGCAGAAGCAUGCGUGGGCGCAACCUUCCGCCGUCUGCGCGGACAAGCUGCCGUCCGGCGCGGAUGAUCGAGCGGGACGGCGGAGCGAGGAGGGCGCGUCGGGAUUCCUCCCCGGAUCGCCCCCUGACAGUUCCGAGUGGCAAGUAAACGAGCCGCUCGAUUUGUCCGUAAUCACGGGCCGCACCGCCAUUCCCACGCCUCCGCGCAGCGCCUCCGGCGGCGGCGCCGCCGGCGGUGGCGCUGCGGCGGGUGCGCGGCAUCAUCCCGGCGAGGCGCGUUCAUCGUCUCGCGGCCUGACAGCAGUGGUGAUGCCCACGCACAUCGCAGGUCAGGCCGUUCCGAUCGGACCGCGCGGAUUCGACGGCGACGAGUCGCGAGACGGGUCGCGGCAGAGCCUGGCGUCGCGAGGGGGGAACAGUGGUUGGUCCGCGACGGCCGGCGCGGCGGCGGCCGGCACGCCGACGAACCCGCCGCUGUAUGCGCGGAUGGCGGGGAGCAUGCACGGCGCGGGGGUGCUGAGCGGCGGGGGGAUCGUCGGCGGGGGCGGAAGCAGCGGGUACGGGAGCAGCGGCGGCGGCGGCGGCGGGGGCGACUCGAUGAAUGGCGGCGUGGUGGUGGGCAUGAGCAGCUCGUCCAUGCAUGCCGGCUCCAUCUCCGGUGGCGGCUCGGGGCACGGGAGCAGCGUGGCGCUUAGGGCGGCGCAGGCGGCGAAGCUGAGGGCGGCGCGGACGGCGCAGGAGAGGCACAACGUGCGCAUCGUGGGGACGGGCCCCGAGCUGCUCGUGCUCUCCCAUGGCUUUGGCUUCAAUCAAUCUAUGUGGACGCAUGUGUUGGAAUCGUUUGACACCGCUCUGUACCGCAUUGUGCUCUACGACCUCACCGGUGCUGUAGGGUCAGACAGCGAUGCGUUUGACUUUCAGCGCUACAGCACGCUGCAUGGCUUUGCAGAGGACCUGCUACAGCUGCUCACAGAGAUGGGCGUUGAGGGCGACUGGGGCCAGCAGUGCACGCUGGUGGGGCACAGGCAGAGCGGCAUGAUCGCACUGCUGGCAGCCAUCGAGCGGCCCAAGCUCUUCAAACGCAUCGUGCUGCUCGCCUCCUCGCCCAGGCUGCUGGAGGCCCCACUCGACUACAACAGCAGCUUUGGCCUCGCUGACCUGGACAAGGUCUUUGGCAUCAUGCAGGGAAACUUCCGGUUGUGGGCAAAGGGGUGUGCACCGGUGCUGAACGCGGAUGAUGUGAAGGCGCAACAUGUGAGGGAGGUCACUCGGCCGCUCUUCUCGCUGCGCCCCGACGUUGCCUUCUCCUGCCUCAAGACCACUUUCGCAUGUGACCUGCGAGAAGUGCUGCCUCAGGUAGAGAUCCCGGUGCAUAUGCUCUUCCUAGAGGGAGACCCCGCCACCCCCCCGGCUGUAGCAGAUUACAUGCUGCGUCACAUGCCCUGCGCUACAGCCGAGGCCCUCCCUGCCAGGUCCGUGCACCAGCAGCCUGAUGUUGUUGCGGGCGGCAUUCUUCGGCUGCUUCAGGCCGCCCCGGCGAACUCCAGUGGGUCGCAGUUGACAGGCGGACAGGUACGAGUAUACUUCGAUGGAAAUUACAGGUGGAGCCUGCCUGUGGUCUGGGCAAUGGUUGGUGCCUGGUGUUCGGAGCGCAUUGCUCCUCCCUCCUGUCUAGCUUUAAAAUUGCGCCCGUGGCUGCGCAUGGGCGCGCCGGCGAUCAUCCAGUGGCAGCGCGGGGACAAGCGCACGGGCUUUUCCAAGCCGGUGCGCGCGCAGCGCGACGAGGGCGGCGCGGACGAGAACGCGUUUAAAGUGGUCAUCGACCAGACAUUCCGGGUCCCCGCCACGCUGUACCGCGAGCGCGGCGGUCCCGGCGCGCCGUACCAGCGCAAAACCGCGGCGUUUUCGAUCCACGAGGCGCAGGCGGACGACUCGGCGCAGCCCAAACCAACAGCGCUGGGGAAGGCGUCGCUCGACCUCUCCGCCUUCGCGGACUGCGCCGGCGUGCUCCCCCACGCGCUCCCCGUGCAAGUCUCCAAGUCUCUAGGCGCAGCGCUGGGGCGCCCCGAGCUACACCUGACGGUGGAGUGCGUGGGGAAGAAGCUGAGCAAGGAAGCCGCCGCGGAGGAGGCGGGCGCGGGGGGCGCAGGCGCGCUGCCGCGGUUCUACCCGACGAAGCUGGAGCCGCUAGAGGACGCGGAGGACACGGCGGGGUCGUCGGGGGACGAGACGUGCUACUCGGACGCGGCUGGGUCUGUCACUGGCGGCGGGGGGAGCCGCCUCGGCCCGCUCUCCGACCAUGGGGGGAGCGAUUCGGAACACAUGCGCGCAGGGGGUGCGCACGGGGCGCACGGCGCGCAUGGGGGACACGGGGGGAAGGGGUCAGGGAGGGAGCAUACGCGGAAGGACAGUGGGGCGUCGUCAGGGGGGCAUGAGAAUCAGAGCAGCGACACGGAGAUGGUCAGACGGGGGAGCGGCCCGAGGAGAGGGCAUGCUGGAGGGUACGAGGACCAAGGGGGCUCCGCGCCAGGCUCGGCAACAGGUUCGGCAGCAGGUUCGGCGGCAGGUUCGGCAAGUGGUUCGCCGAGGCGAGCGGGAGAGGGGAGUAGGACUUUGAAGGGCGCGCCGGGGAGCGCAAGGGAGGGGAGAGGGGCGGGCAGGAGCGAGAAAGGGAGGGGGAGGGACCGCAGGCGGUUCUCAGGGGGGGAGAUGGACCUUAGCCUCGCAUUUCAGGCGUCAACGGGGGGAGCCAGGGCGCAGGGCGCGGGGGGCGGGGGAUUGCCGCCGGUGGGCGGGGGAGGCGCGGGGGCCGGGGGGGAAGCGAAGCUGGGGGGUCGAAUGGCCUCCCUGCCUGUUGGUGGGGGCGUGGAUGGGGCGAUGGAUGACGCAUGGGCGCAGAAUGCGUGGGAGGAGGGGGAAGAGGGGGAAGAGGGGGAGGAUGGUCGAGGGGAAGGGCUGGAGGAGGGGGAGGACGAGGGGGGGCAUGAUGGGUUUGGGGAGGAGGAGAGGGAAGCGGAGAUGGAAGGAGGAUCGUUUGAAGACCUGAAUGACGCUUUUGGUAACGUUGGGGGUGGUAACAUGGGCGGUGGGGGCAAGGGCAGGGGUGGUGGAGGAGAGGCAGCAGACAUGCAUGACGUGUAUUCGCAUGAUAUUUACGUGCAUGACCCACAGGGCAACCAUGGUGAUGAUGGGGAUGAUGGUGGCUUGGAGGACAUGUAUGGGCAUCACGACUUGCAUGAUAUGUACGGGCACCAUGCCAUGGGGAGAGGGAUGGGUAUGGGAGGGGAGGAGCAGGAGGAGGAGGAGGUGAGGGAGGAGGAAUUGGAGGACCUGUCUCUGGCGUAUGAAAGGGGCGGGCCGGGGCAACCGCAUGCGGGCGGCAUGGGGCUGGACGGAGGGAUGGGGACAAGGAAAGGCGGGCGACAGCAGCAGCAGCAGCAGCAGCAGCAGCAGCAGCAGGGAGACGGGGAGGAUUAUUGGGGCGAGGAGCAGGAGGGGGAGCAGGGGGGGAUGCAAGGGGGGUAUGGGCAUGGGCGGGGGUACCCAGGGGGCGAGGGCUAUGGCCAGGGAGAGGGGGACUAUGGGGAGGGGGGAUAUGAGGAGGGGGAAUAUGGGGAGGAAGGGGGAUAUGGGCAAGGGCAUGGGCAAGGGCAAGGGCAAGGGCAUGAGCAUGGGCAUGGGCAUGGGCAAGGGAAGAGGAGGCAGGGGCGAGGGGGGUAUGAUGAUGCAGAGGGGGAGUAUGUACAAGUGGAUGAAAGGGAGGAGGGGGAGUACAUGCAAGAUGGUGAUGAGGGCGAUGGGUAUGAUGAUGGCACUGGUGGCACCGGCAUGAACGGGGGCGAGGGGGAAUAUGACGAGGCGUUUGGGUUCGAGCAGAGGCAGGGCAGCUAUGGCCGUGCGGCCGACAGGUACGGGGACCAGCAAGGGGGGUACGAGGAUGGGUACGCAGAGGACAAGUAUGGGGACGGGUAUGGAGAGCAUGGCAAUGAGCGGGGCGGGGGAGAGGAGGAGCAGGACGGGCAGCAGGAGCCGGAGGAGGAACAAGAGGAGGAGGAGGAGGAGGAGGAGGAGGAGGAGGAGGAGGAGGAAGAGGAAGAAUUCGAGACGCUGCCUCCGCCACCACCAAAAUCCCCCAGGUUCCGGCAGCAGUCGUUAGACGGUAAGGACCCCGGUGCUGGUGGUGGUGGUGGGGGGGGCAUGAGUCCGUUCAGUGAUGGGCUGCUAUAUGGUCUCACGUCGCCCUCCAGCCCGGCAGGCGACCUCUUCCCCGUCAACCUCAAGAAGCCCAUGCCCUACGUCGGCGGCUCUUUGGGCAUCGAUGCGGUUACCGCGUCGCCGCCCCGUGCUGGAAGCAGCGGCGGCGCUGGCGGGGGGAGUGGGUCGGAGUCGGCGCGCGCGCGGCUCAAGAAGGAGCACGCGCAGAUUGAGAUGGAUAAGAAGCGGUGCAGUGAGUUGGAGAGCCAAAUGGCGGAGUUUUCGGCGUGGUCGGAGGCGGAGGAGGAGAGGAUACGGAGGGAGAGGGAGGAAGCAGAGCAGAUGAAAGGGGCUGCAGAGGCAGCAGAGAGGCGGGUGAGGGAGGAGAGGGAGCGGUUCGAGUGGGAGCAGCAGCGGGUGGCUGAGGAGAAAACGCACCUUGACGAAGCUGCUGCUUCGGUCGCCGAGGCUCUGGCUCGGGCUGCCGAGGCUGAGGAGCGGGCGAGGAGCGCGGAGCGGAAUUUCGGGCGGCUGCCCGGGGAUUUGAGAGACGCGGCAAUGGCUGACGUGGCAGUGUAUGCUGUACGGCCAGAGCACGGGGGAUCUGUCCGGAAAGUUCACACUCCCGCGAGACGAAUAGCGAGGGCUUACGCAUUCGUGCGAGUGCAUGAGGGGGAUGAGAGGGUGGGGGGCGUGGCGAGAGUGGCUGUGACUGCACUGACUCUGCUCACUCUGAUGAGCCCCACUCUGCCAAUUCCUCCUCCUCCUCCUUCCCCCUCUCCGACCAAACCUCCUCUGGUUCCGAACCGGAUUCCGAACCUGGUGGGGGCUCCGGGCCUGGGAAAAGGGGUGGGAGGGGAGGGAAGGGGGGAGGUGGAGGGGCAGGGGAAGGGGCGAGUGGGGGGGGGAGGGGGGCGGGAGUCGUGGGGGAGUCCAGCGGCGGUGGUGGCGGCACUGAGGCGGCUGGAGGAGUGGCAGCAUGAGCGGUGCCUGCAGCUCGUGUGGCGCAAGGUAUUCCUCCCGGCCCUACGCCGCUCCCCCUACUUCCAGCCCUCUGCCUCCUCCUCCUCCUCGCCCACCCUGUCAGCCGCCUCCUCUCUCUUCUCCUCCCUCGCCUCUGCCACCUCUACGAGUGCCUCCGUGUAUGUAUUCCUUCCCGCCCUACGCCGCUCACCCACCUCCCAGCCCCCCUCUCUCUCCUCCUCCGCGUCCACCCUGUCGGCCGCCUCGUCUCUCUUCUCCUCCCUCGCCUCUGCCGCCUCUACCAGUGCCUCCUCCCUGCCCUGGCCGGGCGGCAGCACCGUGGGCGGCGCACUGGGGCUGGGCGGCCAGAAGAAGCCGGCAGCGCCCGUGGCAGGAGGAGUGGGAGGUGAGGCGGGGAGGCGAGGGGGGGAUGGGGUGAGUAAGUCUGGCCAUGCUUUCUAUGAGUUUCUCCGCUACCUCUGCAAGUUCAUCUUACCAAUAUGUCUCCUCUUACCAAUAUGUCUCCUCUCAUCAACCCAUCUCCCAUCCCACACCCCUCGUCUCCUCUCAUCAACCCAUCUCCUCCCAUCCCACACCCUCUUCUCCUCUCAUCAACCCAUCUCCUCCCAUCCCACACCCCUCGUCUCCUCUCAUCAACCCAUCUCCUCCCAUCCCACACCCUCUUCUCCUCUCAUCAACCCAUCUCCUCCCAUCCCACACCCUCUUCUCCUCUCAUCAACCCAUCUCCCCCCAUCCCACACCCCUCGUCUCCUCUCAUCAACCCAUCUCCUCCCAUCCCACACCCUCUUCUCCUCUCAUCAACCCGUCUCCUCCCAUCCCACACCCCUCUUCCUACCAGACGCUGAGAGGGCUCCGUGGUGGAGCAAGCUGGUGGGUGUGGAGCGGUGGAGAGCGGUGCUGCACGAUGCGUCCUUCAGCCUCUGCCCGCAGCGUGCCAUGGGGCGAUGCUGCGGCUGCCUGUACCUGUUGGAGAAGCAGGUGGGUGCGUUUCUCAGAAGCAGGUGGGUGCGUUUCUCAGAAGCAGGUGGGUGCGUUUCUCAGAAGCAGGUGGGUGCGUUUCUCAGAAGCAGGUGGGUGCGUUUCUCAGAAGCAGGUGGGCGCGUUUCUCAGAAGCAGGUGGGUGCGUUUCUCAGAAGCAGGUGGGCGCGUUUCUCAGAAGCAGGUGGGUGCGUUUCUCAGAAGCAGGUGGGCGCGUUUCUCAGAAGCAGGUGGGUGCGUUUCUCAGAAGCAGGUGGGCGCGUUUCUCAGAAGCAGGUGGGUGUGUUUCUCAGAAGCAGGUGGGUGCGUUUCUCAGAAGCAGGUGGGUGCGUUUCUCAGAAGCAGGUGGGUGCGUUUCUCAGAAGCAGGUGGGUGCGUUUCUCAGAAGCAGGUGGGUGCGUUUCUCAGAAGCAGGUGGGUGCGUUUCUCAGAAGCAGGUGGGCGCGUUUCUCAGAAGCAGGUGGGUGCGUUUCUCAGAAGCAGGUGGGCGCGUUUCUCAGAAGCAGGUGGGUGCGUUUCUCAGAAGCAGGUGGGUGCGUUUCUCAGAAGCAGGUCUUAGAGCACUGUCUGCUCCGCCUUGACUCUGCAAUCUUCAACGCACUCCUGCGCUCCAACCCUGACGCGCCGCCCGCCGAACCUCUUGCCGACCCUGUCACCGAGCCUGCAGCCCUGCCAUUCACAGCCACGGGCAAGCUCACCUACUCGCAUGGCAUGCACCUCAAAUACGCCACAUCAGCAUGGGCCACCAUUGCUGCCGCAGCAGCGGGGGCGGCAGUGGCAGUGACAGGGGGUCCAGGGGAGUGCUUUCCAAAGCUGAGGGCGAUGGCGCAGGUGCUGCUGCUGCCUAAGGACUUGCUGGCCGACCAGGAGGCAAGGAAGGAGGUGUGUGGUGAUCUGACACUGGCCUUGCUGCGGCGCAUUCUCCUCAUAUUUGCUCCCGAUGCCAAUGCACCCGACCCCGUCUCCUCCACCCUUCUGCAGCAGCUCAACAGCGAGGUGCACAGCGAGUCGCGACGGGGAAAAUCCAAUCCUUCCACCGACAUCGCUCCUCUCCCCGCCACGCCCUACACCCCGCCCCCUUCGCCAUCCGUGCGCCUGCUCCUGGGCUCCGUGCGUCUGCUGCACCUGCCGCAUGCGGGCUCCUCUGGUCUGGCUCUCGACAGGGGGUACGAGAGCGACGAGGAGCUGCGGCUGGUAGAGUCCCCUGCUGACCUCCUCUCCCACAUGCUGCUUGAGCUUGAGAGCGGCGGCAGUGCUGGUGCUGCUGGUGGUGCUGCUGGUGGUGGUGGAGGGGCGAGUGGGAAGGGUGGGGCGGGGAGGGGUGCGACGGCGGGAGGGAAGGCACGGGUGGUGGGGCACAGAGACGGGUAUAAGAGCUCGGGGUACCAACUACUGGCGGAUAUGUGGAGCAGACAGGCUGCUGGCAGUGGCAGUGCUGCCUCCUCACAUUCCUCUGGUGACCCAGGUGCAUGGUAG